GACUCACUAUAUCUACACAUCGUCAACUUAUAUACUUCCAUAUCCCACUAAAAACUCCGACCAACAAAAAUGCCGGAAACCCAAAUACGAUUCGGGAUUCUGGGGUGUGCUAACAUAGCCCGCAAGGUAUCACGGGCUAUGUUACUCUCCCCUAACACCACCAUCUCCGCCAUUGGCAGCCGCUCUCUGGAAAAGGCGAUAGCAUUCGCAUCAGAAAACCAUUUUCCAGAAUCCGCUAAGGUUUAUGGCAGCUACGACGCCGUGUUGGACGACCUUGAUGUUGAUGCGGUUUAUGUUCCUUUACCGACAAGCCUCCACGUGCGGUGGGCGGUUCUGGCAGCCGAGAAGAAGAAGCAUGUUUUGUUAGAGAAACCGGUGGCGCUUAACGUUGGUGAACUUGAUACGAUACUGGCGGCUUGUGAAUCCAGUGGAGUUCAGUUUAUGGAUGCUACCAUGUGGAUGCAUCAUCCUCGGACAGUGAAAAUGAAGGAGGUUCUUUCUGAUGAACAAAGAUUUGGGCAGCUCAAGUCGGUACAUAGCACGUACUCAUUCUUAGGAGAUGAAGAUUUUCUGAAGAAUGAUAUUCGUGUAAACCCUAAUCUCGAUUCCCUUGGAGCUCUUGGAGACAGUGGAUGGUACUGCAUACGUGCUAUCUUAUGGGCUAAUAAUUACGAGCUUCCAAACACAGUUACCGCUUUUCAUGACCCUGGGUACAACGAAUCAGGAGUCAUCUUGUCAUGUGGUGCAUCUUUAAACUGGAAAACAAAUGGGAAAGUUGCAACUUUUUACUGUUCAUUCUUGUCGAACUUAUGCAUGGACAUAACAGUGCUUGGAACCAAAGGGAACUUCCGUGUCCAUGACUUUAUUAUACCAUUCAGUGAACAAGUGGGAUCUUUUUAUGCAGUGGAUAAUUCAAAAUGGAUAGAACUGGCACUUGGGUGUGCUCCUGAACCGAGUGAGUUUAAGAUAGCAACCGAUUUACCCCAGGAAGCAUUGAUGGUGCAAGAAUUUGGUCGUUUGGUUGCUGGAGUCAGGAGUGGUGAGGUUAAACCUGAGAAUAAAUGGUCCAUCGUAAGUAGAAAAACCCAACUGAUCAUCGAUGCAGUUGUUGCUUCGAUCAAGAAUGGUUUCGUGCCUAUUAAAGUUAUUUACUAGAUGUCAUAUAUUUGGUUUUAGUUUUGUAUCUUAGCAUAUGUCAUAAUACAUUGGUUGACGAAUGUGGUACUUUGAAAUAAAGGAUCUUAAUGCGA